UCAGUCAAAUUAAUGAACUUUACGUGAAAGGUGUAAAAUUUAUGUCAGUGUUUUGGCGUGAAAUUUCACGUUUUUAAAAUUAUUAUAUAUUUUAAACUUCUUUGUACUAUAAGUGCUUUUCUGAAAUGAUUUUAAAUUGAAAAACGUGGUUUAGCGGGUUUAUUCGCGUGUUUAAAAUGCACGUAGCCAAAUAAAAUUUAGAAUACUAUUUAUUUUAAUACUUCACGUACAGUUUUGUAUACGAACUUUCAACUUCAUUCAAUAAAAUUGUUGGCUCGUGAAAUGCUGUUUUUGAACUAACCGGUAAUAUAUUUCGGAGUUUUUAAUAUAAGAAUUGACUACAAAAUGGGAUCUUCGCAGAAAGAUAUAGAAUUAAGCCCGGUGAGUACUGUACCGAACAGCAGUAAGGCUGCAGAAAAAGUGACUAUAUCUGUGAAUGAUGAGGAGGACGUUAUUAUUGGACGAUUUAGGAAGAUUAGUUCCGCAAAGUCCAUGGCGGCGACGAAUGGGAACAUACAGUAUCCCUCUGAGGUUAUAAAAAGCGACGUGGAUGUGGAGUCAGGGCUCCACUUCAGGGCGAAAGAGGCCGAGAAGGACAAGCUGUUACCAGAUUCCGUGUCAAACGGCGGGCUCGUCCGCUCCAAAUCGCCAGUGACGAAAAGCAGCUUCCGGGAUAUUGAGAAACCGUCGAGAUUUAAGGAUCAACCAUCCACCACCAGGUUUCAGAUGGAAGACAAGCAAGAUGAGGGGAGUGACUCCGACGGCUCCGGUAUGGAAAGCGACGACCCUCUCACGGCCACAGACACUAAAUACGGCAAAAGCUUCAGGCAUUUCACCCGCGAAGCCUUACCCCGACUGGACAACUACAGGAAUGUCCUGUCUCUACACGCAGCGCCCCGACCAACGUUGGACGAGCUACACAACGCGUCGCUUUCCAGGAAGCCAGGUCAGACCCUGGAGAAGGAGCAAGGCGCGCCGGCCAUGCUGUCCAGCAACGUGAAGUUCGGUUGGGUGAAGGGCGUGCUGAUGCGAUGCCUGCUCAACAUCUGGGGGGUGAUGCUGUUCCUGCGGCUGUCGUGGGUGGUGGGGCAGGCUGGCGUUGCGCAGGCAUCGCUGCUAAUACUGACGACGUCGGUGGUCACUACCAUCACGGCGCUCUCUAUGUCAGCCAUCAGCACCAACGGGGUCAUUAAAGGAGGUGGGACAUACUACAUGAUAUCCCGGUCACUGGGCCCGGAGUUCGGUGGCUCGAUCGGUUUGAUCUUCUCCAUGGCGAACGCGGUAGCCUGUGCUAUGUACGUUGUCGGCUUCGGCGAGUCCCUCAUCACGCUCAUACCGGAGUCUGCUUAUAUGGUCAGCAAGAGUUGGGACCAAGCGAUCUAUGGUUGCAUAACAAUAGUUCUGCUGACCGGUAUCGUGAUAGUGGGGCUGGAGUGGGAGGCCAAGGCGCAGAUAGUGCUGUUGUUCAUCCUGCUGGCGGCCAUUGCGGACUUCUGCAUCGGCUCCAUCAUCGGCCCUAAGGGCGACGUGGAACUGGCUCAGGGAUUCGUAGGCUAUAACAUGUCGGUGUUACAAAGUAACGUGGGUCCGGACUACAGGCUGUUCGAGGGGGUUGAGCAUAAUUUCUUCUCCGUGUUCUCAAUAUUCUUCCCCGCCGCUACGGGGAUAUUGGCUGGGGCUAAUAUAUCUGGUGAUCUAAAGGACCCCCAAAAAUCGAUCCCAAAAGGGACACUUCUAGCUAUAGUAUUGACAACGAUAUCGUAUAUUUUAAUCGCUUUAAUUGCGGGCUGGACUGUGCUGCGGGACGCUUCGGGCGACAUCGCGGACAUCGGUAACUGGACGAUCGACCAUUGCAAGAUCAACGGCACCUGUGAAUACGGACUGCAUCAUAGUAAUGACGUAAUUCGGUUAGUAUCUGGAUUCGGCCCACUGAUCUACGGAGGAUGUUUUGCCGCGACUUUAUCUUCGGCGCUCGCUUCGCUGGUGUCCGCUCCUAAAGUGUUCCAGGCGCUCUGCCAAGACAAGCUGUACCCAUAUCUGGAAUUCUUCGCAAAGGGCUACGGCGCUAACAACGAACCUGUGCGGGGAUAUGCUUUGACAUUCAUCAUUGCUAUUUCUUUUAUACUUAUGGGUGGUCUCAACCAAAUUGCUCCGUUGAUUUCGAACUUCUUCCUCGCGGCCUACGCUCUCAUAAACUUUGCCACUUUCCACGCCAGCCUCGCCAAGCCAGUCGGAUGGAGGCCUACCUUUAGGCUGUAUAACAUGUGGCUGUCUCUGUUCGGCGCGAUGGUAUGCGUGGCCAUCAUGUUCGUGAUCUCCUGGAGCACGGCAUUGCUCACCAUCGCGUGCCUGCUGGCUCUGUACCUCCUCGUGUCAUACAGGAAGCCAGAUGUGAACUGGGGUUCGACCACGCAAGCGCAAACGUAUAAGGCAGCGCUGUCCGGAGUCCAUCAGCUGAAUAAUGUCACGGAGCAUGUUAAAAAUUACAGGCCACAGAUACUAGUGCUGACGGGCUACCCGGGCGAGCGGCCCAUACUCACCGACUUCACGUACCUGCUCACCAAAGGGCUGUCUUUGAUGUUGUGUGGCCACAUCCUUCAGAGUCCAGUGAACCACCGCACGCGGGAAGCCUUAACAAACAGGGCGUACCAUUGGUUUGUGAAGAGGAAGAUAAAGGCGUUCUACACUCUCGUCGACGAUGUCUCCUUCAAAGAGGGCGCCAGUGCGCUCAUACAGGCUAGCGGAGUGGGCAAGCUGAAGCCGAACAUUCUUAUGAUGGGCUUCAAAGAAGACUGGCGGACUUGUGACCGCACCGAACUGGCAGAGUACGUCGAUGUUAUGCACAAAGCCCUGGACGUGCACAUGGCGCUGGCGUUGCUGCGAGUGGAAGGUGGGUUGUACACGCGCGACGCGCUCGACGCCGACUUGCAGGCCUACCUCGACGACACCAACGCGCGCGACCACUCCGCCGUCUCGCGUUCGAUGGGUGAUAGCAUUAAGGAUUCGAAAUCCACUGAAAGUCUAAACACGCAAUCAAGAGGGAGCAGUAUGUCGGACGUGUCAAUCGUAUCGGGAGAGCUGCCCAAGGUUUCGCCAGACCCUACUGGGAAAUUACAGAAACAGAACAAGGAGAGUAAAAGCCUGAGCGACGUGGUCCGACGCAUCGGCAUCGUUAACAGAACCAGACGCGUGUCUUCCUUCACGUCCGUGGAGCAGUUCACCAAGAAGCAGUCGGGUACCGUCGACGUUUGGUGGCUGUAUGACGACGGUGGUCUAACGCUAUUGUUACCGUACAUCCUAUCGACGCGCCGAGCGUGGGCCGCUUGUCCGCUGCGCGUGUUCACGCUCGCCAACAAGAACACUGAGAUGGAGAUCGAGGAACGAAAUAUGGCGUCUCUACUAUCGAAGUUCCGAAUCGACUAUUCAGCGCUGAAGAUGAUCCCGGAUAUAACGAAAAAGCCCAAAGACAGCACUUUGGCUUACUUCGAUGAACUCAUCGCGCCCUUCAGAACACCCGACGACACUAAUGAUAACCUGGGUAUCACAGAAGCAGACCUUCUAGCAGCUCGCGAACGUACCAACCGAUAUCUACGUGUGCGCGAACUGAUAGGAGAGCACAGCAGCGGCGCGAGACUAGUAUGCGUCACUCAACCGAUGCCUCGGAGGAGGGGCUUACCGCCAGCACUGUACGCCGCUUGGUUGGCCGCUUUAGCUACAGCGGGGCAAAGAGUGUUACUUGUUAGGGGUAACCACGCCGCCGUGUUAACAUUCUACUCCUAAUAUGUUUAUGCU